GUUGGCGAAAGGUUGCACAAGGUUGUGGUGGCGGCGACGGAGCGAUGGUGGACGAAGAUACACGCAACGCGCUCAUGCUCUUCACGUACACGUUUGGCGUGGGCUCUCUGAGCAUGGGACACAUCUUCGCAGCUACGGGAUCGAUCCUAGGCUCGGUAGUGCUCUACUUCUUCUCUGCUUGCAACCUCCACGCCAGCUCUCUCCUCUGUCGGUGCAUGACGGUGGUACCCACGCACGUUCGAACGUUCGGCGACCUUGGUUUCCACGUCUGCGGCAACGUCGGCAAGUACAUCAUUGUCGUGUCAGAGGCCCUGUCGUGCUUGGCCACACCUAUUGCGUUCCUUGUCUUGGCAGGCACCGAACUUCUGCCGAACAUCGCCGUUGGCAUCGACGUCCACCUCACGCCCACGCAAUGGAUCAUCGCCACGGCCAUCUGCAUGUUACCUCUCGUGUACAUUCCGACCUUGCGCGACACGGCAGUCCUUUGCAUCCUCGGAAGUCUCUCGACGCUGUGCACUGACGGCAUUGCGUUGACCGUCAACUUUGUGGAGCGACCGCUGGCACCGCGCGAGUCGCAUGUGUCGUUGUCGUCGGCGUUCUCUGCGUUCGGCAGCAUCAUGUUUGCAUUUGGGUCAGCCUUGCUCAUCCCUCCGCUGUAUCGGCAAUGCUCCGCCGUGGGCAGCCACCACUUGGUCACGACUGUCAGCACCACCCUCGUGUACGUGACGGUGCUGUACAUGUUUAUUGGCAUCCUCACGUACGCCCAAUUUGGAUGCAUGGCCCCCACCACGUUAUUGGAGGCGAUGCCACGAGGCUCGUGGAAAGUUGUCGCGAAUGCGUUCAUGUUGGUGCACAUUGCAAUUGCGUACCCCGUGAUCAUGAGUCCGACGCUGUUUGUGAUCGAGCGCUGCGUGUUUGGCAAGGACAGCGACGUCGACACACUCAAAGAGAAACUGCUGGACGAGACAAAGGACAAAAUGACGUCACCGGACGACCCAUCGUCACCUUCAUCCGUAGCGAGUGCGCAUUUGAUGCACGUCAAGCACAAUACUUCAGAGUACAAGUCGGUCGAGUCGACCGAACAGCAUGAUAAAUUCGUGCGCGAUGUCCUGCACGACUCGCUGACGUUCACAGCGGGCGAGCAUGUUUGCCGCAUGUUACUGCGAACGUUCAUCGUGGCAGCUCAGUGCUUCUUGGCCGUGAUGCUUCAAACGUCGUUCGCGGACAUCCUCACGCUCAUCGGGGCCACGACCGUGACUCUUCCGUGCCUGAUCAUGCCGUGCGUGUGCUUUCUGCGCAUGUUUGCACCCGACGGGACGUGGAUGGGCGCGGCCACCCGUGGGUUCUCGUACGUGGUCAUUGCCGUCAGCGCCGUGCUCGGAGUGUACUCGACCUAUUUUGCCGUGGCCAACAUCCAAUCCAACUGGGCCACAUAUCACAUGUUCGAGUCCAUUCACGCCGUACCCUACGUGAACGGUCGCGUCCGGUUUCCCAACUGCAAAGUCGGCGAGCAAAAUUAACCGGAUUGGAUAUUCCACUGUGAGAUUUGGGAUUCGUGGAAUUUACACUGUUAUUAAUACUUCGACGUAAUACUAUUCUUAACGUUAUGCA